UAACCAAGAGACCGAAAGGGGAAAUAACUCUUAUUUCGGAUGCAUGACGGGAGAACCUGUAGAGUUUUAAAUAUGGAGACCAGACAUUGUUUACUUUCGGUUGGCAAGUAGGAAGCCAGUAGUAAAAUGUGAAAUAUCUAUUUAAAAGCCAAAGUCAAUAUGGUAGAAGACCUAACUCUUCAUUUGAAUGUUAUUGCUUCUACAAACAUUAAAAGAAAGAAACCAUGGUCACAGAUUCUUUGGAUUGGAAAGGAAGAAGAAAGCCUCAUUCUUUUGGAUCCAAAACGAAUAAGUCUGCUGUACCUUCCAGAUGGGAAGACAAAGAAAACUAUUCCUAAAGUAUCACCCCUUGUGGCUGACAGCAUUUCUGUAAAUUGCUCAAACAAUGGAUUGUACUUAGCUGGUUUGCUCCAGAAUGGGUCAGUAUUUCUUUGGAAAAAAGAUGGCAACAAAGUGUGGAUGAUUGAAGGGCUUCCUCAGUAUAUUUCAAAUUGGGGAACAAACCAAGAUUCUUACAGCAUUUACCUAUCUGAUGAUGCCACGAAGAUAUUGGUUGCUGCCAGUGAUGGCAGUGUCUAUAUUUGGCUUUGGUCAUCAGUCUCUUCAGUUUCAAUCAAGGAACAAAAUGCUGGUUGCUGGUAUCCAGUUGAUAUUUCUGAAAACGUUCAAGAUAUUUUUAGAAUGGCUAAUCAAUCUGUAAUAACAGCCAUCUUUUAUAGCAAUGUGGUUGUUGGCUGCUGUUGCAAUUGUUCCUUCUUGUUGUCUGACAAACAAGCUUUCACCAUCAUUACACUCUACCUGAACUUCUUAUCUGCUGCUUUACCUCCGACAUCAAGCUUCUAUCCAUUUAACUUUGAUUGGAUGUCUGUUAGCUACAACCAAACUGACAUUGCACUGAACAAGAUGAAUGACAAACCAGUGGCUGCCUACUCCAGGGAUGGCCAAAUACUUGCCGUUGCCAUCAACAAGACUGUUGCCAACCAAAACAAAAUAAUGUUUUUGUCUCCUUUUACAAAUACAACUGUUGUGACAGACAUGAAAGGAAAUGGUACGAAUGAAUCUUCAUCAACUCAUUUCAGUUAUUACUGGAUCGCUUCUAUGAAAUGGACGUACAAUAACUUGUUUGUCGUCUGUAUACUCAACUCUGGCUCUGUUUGUAUUCUUCCUCGUCUUGGUGAACCUGUACUUUUGAAGACCAAUGGAUUGUCCCAAGAAAUGGGACCAGCCUUCUUCCUACCAAUUCAUCCGGUUAUUAUUGUAAGAGAUGAAAAUAUAUCAAAAGUCGGGGCAAAUCAACGAAAUGAGAUUCUCACUCCUCAAAAGUUCUCAAUAAGCACUCAUCCACAUUUACCAAUUAUUAUUUGUAGUGAUGGCUUUCUUGUGACUGUUCUUGAACUGCCUUACAAUUUGGACUGUUUGUCUCUGGUUCAAAACCUCGUCUCUUGGUCCUCUCAGAAGCUUUCUAUACUAAGUAAAGAAUACAAACUUGAUUUUACCCAUUCAGAACAGAACUCGGCUGAUGGAAUUUUUCUCAAGGAAAACAUUAGCAGCCUUGCUUUAUUGCAACCUCCCAGAUCCUAUCACUUUGAAGAUGGAACACAUUCAGAAGAUAGUGACCAAAGCAUUGUUCAAGAGGAUCAUCUUAGGAAUUUAGAUGCUGGAGUCAUUACAUUUGGUGUUCCUUUAACCAACAACUGCAAAUUACAGCCAAAAACUUCUAAAACCCACUCGGAAAUUUUGAAAAAUAUUUAUCUCAGUCUGCUCUUAGCUUGGAAACUUGAGGUGACAUCAGGUUGUAUCUGGGAUCCCACAAGAGCAAAAAUUACCAAAGCAACCUUACUGAAUACCUCCAAGGUGUUCCAGCUUUUUCUUGAGGUGUCAUCAUUAACCAAGUCUUUAAAGAAUGAAAUGUCAGAUAAAUCAUCUCUUUUUCAUUUGAUUCGAAUGUUUAGAGAAUUUUUACAUCUUCUUCAUUUUGAUUUCUUAUAUCAACGACAUCUCAAUGUCAUCAUUUGUUUUGUUCAUAAAGUCGUUAAACUUAUACUUAAUAACAAGAACCUUUCCAAAUCUGAUCCUGCUAUUAAAACACUUCUGGGAUGUGAAGCUUUACUCAACUUUACUAACCAAAUUCUUAGCAAGACUUACACCUGGUCUUCAAAAUAUCCACCAUCAAAAGCCAGGGGAAGGGAAGAUCCUUUUCUGGAAAUAAACACAGAAUCAGAAGAUAAUAGUUGGUAUGAACCAUCAAGAAAUAGCUUAAAGACUUUGAAUUCAAGAAAGAAAGUUCCUAAAAAGAAACCCAAUGUUGAGCAAACAAUCCAAAAUAGUUCUUUACAAGAGUUGUUACCAACAUGGAAGUUGUUAAUGAAACAUGCUGAGAUGGUUGCAGCUGAGAACUUCAAACAAAGACAAAAAAAGUCACCACGCCAGCAGGAAAGUGAGUUCUCAGAAAUACUCAGGGAAUUGUUCCAGCGUCUCAACACACUUCUUUUCUCCAAUUUGUCCAGCACACAAGACAUCAAAGAAAGACCUUGUAAUAUUAGCAAAGGUGAGAGAUAUAGUUUAGAAUCGAGACAUACUUUGGCUGAGGAUGCUUGGAAAGAACAGCUGGCUAAAUUAAAAGAUGCAACUUAUUCCUCGAAUACCACUUCUUCCUGUAUUCUUCAUGCCCUCCUCUACACUUAUUUACUGAGAGGUCAAUUGGCAAAAGCCAUGGAAAUGGUGGAGACUUUAGUUCUGAAAGAUGACAUCAAGGCCAUCUCAAAAGAUCAAUUCGAGAAUUCACAGGAUCUGAACCCACCGUCGUUUCUUACUAUCAUGAACACUUCCAUAUCAUCUCAGCAAAAAGUGCCUUGCAUCAAGAAUCCAGCAAUCCGACAAGUAGUGCAGACUCUUGCACGUUACAUGGCCAUGUAUUUUUGCAACAUGCAGCUGUUUAUUUUCCCUCCAAAUUCUCCAUCACCACUUCCUCGUUUGUGUCACGCUUCUCCACAUACCUUGAAAGAACGAAUAAUACCAAAGUUCCAGCAAGAUGUGACUUCAGUAGUCAGCUCAAGUGGUCUGGAAGAUAUAUGGACAGUCAGUCGAUGCCUGGAAUACCUUCUCCUCAGUGGCCUUGUCCCAGAAGCUGCUUGGUUUUCCAACAAAGUUGGUGACUGGAAAGCUGCUCUUUCAAUAUCCGCUGCACUCAUGAAACACAGGGAGAUCUUUCCUAUGCUCUACGAAAGAGAUUCUUUGGAACUCAGCCUUCCAGAAGAUCUUCAUCCAUCUGAAAUCUUGAAGAGGAAACUGUCUGUUUUGUUACCUACACAUCCAAACACAAUGUCUUCCACUUGUAAUGAAUAUAAAGAUGUAUUUGAAGUGAAGGAUGACCAUCAUCAAAUUCAGCUGACCACAGCCAUUGAUAGUAUAUUGACCACCGGGAUAGUCUGUGGUGUUGACUUGGUCACUUGGCUUUUCCCUAUUCUAGUUGAAUCUCUUCAAAAUAUGGUGAGCAAUUUCUCUGCCAGUGUUCCAAGUGAUUUCCAUCUACCUGCACCUCCAUUUUAUUUAUGGCAACCUUCUGAUUUGAAUGGUUCAGCAAUAAAGUCUGCUGCUUUAAUCCAAGAGAAGGAACUGAGACACAAGACUUCAGUUUUGAUACGUCUUAUACUGAUUGUUCUUCAAGGAGCCAAAUUGUCUCUGCCAUUGGCACAAUGGUAUAUUCAGCAACUGAUGACAGUCUCCAAGAGAUCUGCAAAUAAAUUUGGAAAAGAAUUUGAUGGUCCAAUUACAGAAUUUCCAGAUAUACUUUUGCAUCUGGGAAGUGUGAAAUCUAAUCUUCAAUCAUUUACAACUAAUACUAAAUUUUUACCAAUAUUCUCUUCAUUUCGGAACUUUUGUGGACUCACCUGGUUCCUACAUGUCCGUGACCAGCUGUCAUUGCAUAACAGAUUGCGUAGAUCUUACAUUGAAAGGCAGCGCAUUAAACCAUCCACAUUAAAAGAUGAAGAAUGGUGUGCUUUGUGUGAAGUUUGUCUUACCUGGAAUGUCCAUUUUAUUCCGUUCAGCCAUUAUUUAGCUGAUGAAGCAUGGUCGUACAAAGUUCUUCUCUCAGUCUUAUCAGAGUUAGAACCUUCAGUUUAUACAGCUCAAAUCCUGGCAAUUUUCUGUCAUGAUGCGGAACAGCUUGAUUCUGAAGUUCAAGAAAAACUGGAAAUCUUGUUGAAACGAUGGCAAACAUUUCCAGUUAUCAAGGUCCAAAGUAUUAAGCAAAAAAGUGGCAUUAUCAGAAGAAGUUCUUCAUCUGAGAAGUCUUUGUCAGUCUACUUCCAAGAAUAUUGCAGUUCUGUGGAAAAGACAAUGGAUAAAAAAAAGAACUACUUUGGAAAUUACUGUGAGUUUAUGUUUGAUUCCCAAACUGCCACAGAACAUAGUAUUAGUGUUGGUUCUUUUCCAUUUGAAACAUGUGAAUCAUAUGGUAAGUUCUUGGAUAUGUUUUAUGACAUUUCCUUUUCAAAACUCCUGGAAGAAGCGAGAUCACAGCCAAAGUCAGUCUACCCAUUGCUUGACGUAUUCACGGAAGAAAUUGCAGCCAUGCAAAUGGAAUCUAUGCCAUUUCGAACAAUGACAGGUCGACAUCCUAAACAGAGUCUGCUUAUUUUAUCAAAACCAUGCAAAGAAGCGACCAAUUUCAAAGAUUCCAGUAAUAUAUUGGACCCAAGUUUUGGUUCAGUUAAUCAACAAACUCCUAAAAAAAUCAAAGGUCUUUUUAACCGAAGCCAUUCAGCCGAUGCUUCGUAUCACUACUCGACUACGAGUCCUGUUAGUCAAAUGACUGCAAUUGAGAGAAGACAGUUGUGGAGCCAAGCUAAAGUGAGGCAGGACAGAUGUAGAGAAAUGACGAUGCCACGGAGUAACAGAUCAAAAUCUUUGGAUAAUAUUUCUGACAAACAAAAUAUUCUGUGGUCAUUUGAUAUUGAUUUUGGUUCUCAAUAUUUGAAACUGAACCAGUUGGUUGAUUGGUUGAUUAUGUGGGCUAAAAAGAACCAAGUUCUCAUUUCUCAACUCGAAGAGGAACAAAAAGAUGGAGAUUCUGCCAUGCAUGCCAUUGUCCAGCCUCAGUUGCUGGUUCUUGCUUUGUGGCUUUUGGAACAGAAGUACUAUCCUUUAACCAAUACAACUACAGGUAACCAUUCAGUCCAGUUCACUUCCAGUCUAAAAGAAACCUCCAAGAAACUGACUUCUCAGAGUUCCAGAAGUCACUUAGAAAAGAAGAAAAGAAAGAAAAAGAGUGAUUCUUCAUCUCUGUCAAAAGACAAAGAGCCUUCGCUUCCUCCAGCUCUUUCAUUUGAUAAAGAAGAAUUUAGAAAAUGGUUGAGAAGUUCAGAGAAUGGAAUUGAAGCCAGUAAUGAACAUGAAAUUCAAUCUUUGUCAUCAAGCAAAACUAAGAAAAAAAAGAAAAAGCAAAAAAAGAAAAUUGUGAGGAACUCUUUGGAAACGAUGAAACCUCUCAAGUUUAAAAACAUGGAAGAGGAAGAAGAAGAAGAACAGGAAGAAGUGAAUCAAGCAUACGAAUACGUUCUCUACACUAUCAAUGAAAGGAGUUUUGCCACAGAACUCAGCAAUGUCUCAGCAGUUUCUGAGAUUCAACAGCCCCAAGAAAGCCACAGUGAUCCCCUCAGUGUCUCUGUUACAUCAUCAUUUACAGCAGACAGUUUGGAUGAUGUAGACGUUUCUUCAAACCAGAAACCUCUUCAGACUUCACAAUCAACAGUAUGCAAUACCAAAAAUAGUGUUUUAUCAGAAACACAUUCUUCUUUAGGUAACCAAACCAAAUCUAAAAGACAAGAACUCAACAAAGAAAGUAUCAUUUCUGAAGUCCAGCAAAAUGUAAAACAGGAUGUGAUGGAUGUUAUCCAACUGGAAAUCCAAAAGCUGAUCGAUGCUCAAAAUGACCAAUUCCAGUCUGUUAUAGCUGCCUUGUUACCUCAUAAAAAGGUAAAGAACAAAAGAAACAAGAGAGCAGACAGCACAAAUAAGAUUCCAGCUGGUACCAGUGUGGCUGAGGAUAGUUUUAGUUCGGAUUCAGAGUCUGAGAAUCAAAGACCACCUGUGACAAUAUCUUCUAAAAAGACACAAGUUGAUAUCAGAGCACCAGAUUCUACCUCAUCCUUCAGACUAAGAACCCUAAAACCUCCAAAAAGCUCAGCUGGAAAUAUUAGAGGAGUCUUAAAGGAAUUGGAAAAUCUUCAAGAAAUAUCUCAGACUAGAAAAGAAAGUUCUUCAACUUUAAUUUCAAAACCUUUGAAUAAUGAGAACUACUAUCAAAGGAUUGAUCCUUCAGAAAAUUACCAGCACCAACAGAUUGUUAAUGAUAACAGGAGAGUAACUGAUGUAACGACGGGUAGUGUAACCAACGAAGGUUCGCAUCAGAACUACCAUUUAUUUAAUCUUGGCAAUGUCAUCUCUGAAUCUCCCCCCUUGUUGUCAUUGCCGCAACUUAAUUCGGUAACAGAACCUUCUGCAGUUAAUAAGCAGGAGAUGCAACAAUCAAAGCCAGAGAACCCUGCCAGAAUGCCUUUGCUUUGUCUUACAAAGAAACAACCCAAUAUUUUUAAAAUUCCAGAACCUUAUUUAUGUGUUCCUCAAGUGAGGCCAGAAACUGUGGAAAUGAACAACAAAGUUUCUUCCUCCCACAAAUCUGCAAAUUCUGGCAGCAGCCAAUUUGUGAAUUAUCACAAUGCAACUAAUAUCAACACAAUGCAAUUUCCUAAACAGACUUUUAAAUUUCUGAUUGAUUCUUCUGAUGUGGAAGAACCAGCAGAACCUUCCCCCAUGCCAUUACUAAAAAUCCCCAAAGAUAAAUCAGAGAUGCUCAGCUCUCAUUUGUCUUGUCAGCUGAUACCACCUGAACUCAUUGCUGGCUUUAAGCAAAGACUUCUGGAGAAAAAUGAAAAUAAAAAGAAAAACUUUAUAAAGUUUCAGCAAAAGGAAUUAGAGAAACUGAAGGAAGAGAGUGAAAAAAGCAGCCCAACUCCAUCGCAAUUUCAGCCUCUCAAGCUGAAGCAACCACCUUCUGGAGAAGAUGGACAAUCAACACAAUCAAAGGUCUACAAAGACUCUCAUGUCAACAAUCUCAAACGAAGCAUUCGAAGAAAGAAAAAGGAGGAAGAAGAAGAAACGAAAAGUUUGGAAAAAACACAGAGAAAAGUUGAGGAUAAAGAUCAAAUGGAAUCUUCAGUCUCAUUAAAGAAACCAGAAGAGAAGAAAUUGGAACCAGAAAAAAUUCACAAAGAUUUUAUUUUCAACCCUGGUUCUUUUGACAAUUUCCUAAAAUUGGGGGCUGAAUUAGGGGUUCGUACAAACAACUACUCCAAAAUUCAAUAUGAUGUUGCAACAAAACUCCAAAAAUUAAGACUUGAAUCUAAGAAGAUGGAUGCAGUUGAAGCAAAGAAACAAACGUCUGAUGUGAGUGUUGUGACUGAUGCUGUUCUUGAAGAAAUAAAACAAACGACUGAUGCUGCUACUUCCAUCACUAAAGACACUGGUUCAGAUCCAGUCACUGAACUGAUGACACCGAAGGACACUGAAGGGCACCAAGGAAAUAUUCUCACUCCUGAUAUCUUCCUAAAUCUGCAAUGCAACGACCUGCUUCUAAAAGACCAACAUACAAGAGAAAGCAGAUCUCCAACUCUGAAAAACAAAGAAGAAUCUAGUCAUACAUUCUUGAAUGUCAUUGAUGUAUCUUCAUCUUCUGUGAUGGCUGCUAUUUCUGAAGCAACUCCUGUCAUUUCUCAGCCUUUAAUGAAUACAAGGUUGACUCAACCAGUGAAUGUUUAUAAACCUUAUAUUGAUACGGAAGCACUUCUCUCUGAUUUCAAGUAUGAAAGUGAGCUUUCACCUGUACCAUUCCAAGUAGACAGUAGACUUUUUGAAAGAAAAGAAAAAACACCUACACCUAGCAGUAAUAAUCAACCAAAAGUCUUUGAACCAAGAAUUCUUUCACCUAUCAACGAAGAUUCAAUCCAGUCAUCUGAAACACCAGACCAGAUCUCGCAGCCAUCCGAUAACCUGAACUGUACAGAAGCUGCUCAAGAGAAACAUGCAUUGCCAGCAUUUAAUAAUCAAAGAGUUUCUUCUAUUGAAGAACUGGCUUCUGAACUAAUUUCUUCACCGAACUUACCAGACAAACCUCAGACUUCACAAGUAUCACCAGACAAACCAUUAAUCCAACAAAACUCAUCAGACAGACCAUUAGGAAAUUAUGACCUGGCUGAACUGACCUCUUUUAACGAAGAUGUCAACCUCCAGAGCUUUAAAAACUUGGUUCCUCAACAAAAAACUCCAAGAAAUAUUUCACAAGAUUUCUUGAAGACAAAUCUUAUGAAAAUGAGUCAUCAACUUGGUGUGUUGGAUAAACUUUCUUUGAAAAUGGAAGAGGAAAGUAGAAAGACAAAACUGUUUAACGAAGAAAUUAACUCCUUAAUUGCUCAGCAACACCAUUACGAUGUCGACAGUCUGUUGCCGAAAGAUGACUUCAAACAGGCACAGCAUCCUCCAACAUCCAUUGUGGCUGGAAACCAAAUCAAAAAUCUUGUCUCUCAAAAUACUCCAUCUUCAUCAACUGUUGUAGACCAUGCUCGAUAUCACUCCAAACCUCAGCCAGCUGUCAGAGACUAUGAACCAUAUAUAGCACUCCUGAGACAACAACAUCAUCAGCAUCAACAACCACAUGACAUUGAGAUUGACAGAUAUGGAGAAUUAGAUGAACCAGAAGACAAACUUGAGCAACCAUCUGCAGACCAUGAAUCUCUCAUUCAAGAAUCUCUGGAAGACAGAAAUACAACAGAAAAAUCUAAAUCCAAGGAACCUCAUGAACAAUGGCUAAAAGACAUGUCUAUACUCAGCAGCGUCAGUGAUAUCAUGGUAGACCUGUUUCAGCAAGGCCAUAUCAACCCCACCAAUGUCGGAGCCAAUCAAGACUUUGAUCCGAAAAACAAUGAAGAGUUUAGUGUAAGAGACAUGAUGCAAAUGAGUUUUGAGAAAUUUGCCCAAAUGGCCAGUGAAAGAGAAGAGAUGAGCAGUAUCCCGAAACAAGUGUGGAUGACGGACCACAAAAGUAAACAGCAGAAAGAAUUCAGAGACAAACAGACAGAACUGCAGCAUCAGGAAAGGAAACCAUUUAAUAAUGGCAAACAGGAGUCAGUGAGCUUUAAAGCUAUUGAAAAAGCUAUAAAAUCACGUGAACAGCAACGGUCUGAGAGAUUUACAAAAACUCAAGAGAAACGACUUCAUGAUGUUGAAAAAUUGAUCCAGAGUUUCCAGUCUGACCAAGCUAAGAUCAAGCAGCAAUAUUCUCUUCCAAAAUGGCCUACAUACAGUCACUCUAAAAGAACUAUUGUAUCACCAAAUUCCUCCAAAUCAUCAUUGCAUACAAAGAAUUUAAUGACAACCAGAACUAUUCCUACAUCAGAAGCUUAUAACACAUCAAGAGUACAAGAAAAUAAGGGAGCACACUUGCAAUCUGCAAACCAAAGUUUUUUCAGUCUGGAACAUCCACGUAACAAAGUACCGCAGCCAAAUUCUCCAACUGAAAGUUCUUCUAAUUACGUUGCAACAGUUUCUGACAAGCCUAAUUCAUCUAAAACCAAAGAUAUAAGUCGUGUUCUCUUAUCAGACAAAUCAUAUCAAGAAAUCGUCCGAUGCCAGCGACCUGAAAUCACAAGAAAAGUUAUCGUUGCUGACUCCAAGCCUUACAUUCAACGCCUUGCAGACAUCAAACAAGGCAACCUUCAAUCAGCAAAAGUUCACGACAAACCAAAGCUGUAUGGAGUAAAGAAAAUACCAACUGAUCCAAGCAAAUCUCCAAAAAACCAAAAAGAACAUUUGCAGAAAGUAAACAAAUCCAAUCCUGUUUUCAAUCCAAGAUAUGAACAAACGUAUUCUUUCCAUCAAAGAAUUCCAAGGCACAAACCACUUUCUUAUACCGAAAGACUUCGGCAACUCUCAAAUAGAGGUACCCACACCUCAAAAGGAUUACUAAAUAACACAGUAACACUUAAAAAAGCCACACACAAUGGUCAUCAUCCACAGCAGCAAAUCCCAACUCAACACAGAAUGAAAAUGACACAGGACAAGACCCCUGUCCGACAUCAUCCAUAUGGAGAUUCCCAUCAGAGUCCUGAUGACUAUUUAUCUGAUGUCAGUGAAUGGUCUUUGGAUGACCGCAUCAAAAGCAUUCUUUAUGAAGGCAAAAAGACUUUGGAACAAGAAUUCCCAGAUGAAGGUUCCAACUCCGCAUCUGACUAUUACGACGAAGUGAUUUCUACCCCGCAACUGGAUCCUACGGAUGUAGUGGCUUCUUUGAGUUCAUGUUCUUUAUCAAGCCAUAUUGACUGGACAGCAGUUGAGAAAGGACUUACAGAACAAAUCAACUCUUAAGGAUUCUCUCUUACCAAAAAGAGAAUAUCAGAAGAUAUUUAAUUCAUUUCUAAAACAGUCUUUGUUGAUAUUUCCUCAAAAAAUAUUGCUUAGCACACAUAUUUUUUUGGUAAAUUCUUAUAUUACAAAGUGACUCACAGAAUCAACUUACAAAGUGCCUAAAUUGUAAAUAUAUUCUUUAAAAAAAAGUUUCACUUUAGCCAUAUCAACUUUUGUAAUAAAAAUUAUCAUUU